CCCAGCCCUGUCUCAGGAGCCCAGGCUGCCCUGUUCCCUUUAGUUGUGGCUGCAGGUGUGGGGCCAUGAGCUGUCUUCUGAGUAGUAUAGUCCCAGUGGGGCUGGCUCUGCUGGUCUGUGGAGCACAGGCCUUUUUCCUGCCCAACACCACAAGUCUGGAGAAGCUGCUGAGCAAGUACCAGCAAGCAGAGCCACACUCACGGGUGCGCAGAGCCAUCCCCUGGUCCGACCGCCAGGAAAUCCUCAUGCUGCACAACAAGCUUCGAGGCCAGGUGUAUCCCGCUGCCUCCAACAUGGAGUACAUGACUUGGGAUGAGGAGCUGGAGAGGUCUGCGGCAGCGUGGGCACAGGAGUGCCUGUGGGAGCAUGGGCCCGCCAGCCUGUUGGUAUCCAUCGGGCAGAACCUGGCUGUGCACUGGGGCAGGUACCGCUCUCCUGGGUUCCACGUGCAGUCCUGGUACGACGAGGUGAAGGAUUACACCUACCCCUACCCCCACGAGUGCAACCCAUGGUGCCCAGAGCGCUGCUCGGGGGCUAUGUGCACCCACUACACACAGAUGGUCUGGGCCACCACCAACAAGGUUGGCUGUGCUGUGCACACCUGUCGGAGCAUGAACGUCUGGGGAGACAUUUGGGAGAAUGCUGUGUAUCUCGUCUGCAAUUAUUCUCCAAAGGGAAACUGGAUUGGUGAGGCUCCCUACAAGCAUGGCCGUCCCUGCUCUGAGUGCCCACCCAGCUAUGGAGGUGGCUGCCAGAACAACCUAUGUUACAAAGAAGAGCCUUACAGUCAGAAACCAGAGGCAGAUGAGAUGAACGAGGUGGAAUCGCCUCCUGCUCCCGAGGAAACACAUGUCCGGGUUCAGCCCAGGGUGGUCAGACCCUCGAAGCCCAAGAAGACCCCAGCCAUCAACUUCAUGACCCAAGUAGUCCGCUGUGACACCAAGAUGAAGGACACAUGCAAGGGAUCCACGUGUAACAGGUACCAGUGCCCGGCAGGCUGUCUGAACAACAAGGCGAAGGUUUUUGGAUCUCUGUUUUAUGAAAGUUCUUCCAGCUUAUGUCGGGCUGCUGUCCACUACGGCGUCAUCGACGAUCGAGGUGGCCUGGUGGAUGUCACCAGGAACGGGAUGGUACCCUUCUUUGUCAAAUCUCAAAAGAAUGGCGUGGAGUCCCUGAGCAAAUACAAGCCUUCUAGCUCCUUCACGGUGUCAAAAGUGAAAGAGCAGGGUGUAGACUGCCACACCACGGUCGCACAGCUCUGCCCCUUUGAGAAGCCGGCCACCCACUGCCCAAGAGUCCAGUGUCCUGCUCGCUGUGGAGAAGAGCCAUCCUAUUGGGCCCCUGUGUUUGGAACCAACAUCUACGCUGAUACUUCCAGCAUCUGCAAGGCGGCCGUGCACGCAGGUGUCGUCAACGACGAGAGUGGUGGCUAUGCAGAUGUGAUGCCCGUGGACAAAAAGAAGAGCUACGUGGGCUCGCUCAGGAACGGGGUGCAGUCAGAGAGCCUGAGCGCGCCUCAGAACGGAAAUGCCUUCCGGAUCUUCGCUGUCAGGCAGUGAAUGUGGAGACCCGGGGAGAAGGGGACGUCAUCUACUGGGCUUGGGGUCCUGCUUUUCAUCUGUACUUUGUCCUUUGGGGGUGGGGGGUUACAGAGAGUCAGGACUCUUUCUUUCAGUGCCAUUGAAUGUCCUGUCCCUUUGUGGCCUUUGGCGAGGGUACCAGAGCACCAUCAGCUCAUGAGCAGCAUGCCAUGGAGUCUUGGAUGGACAACCAGUGCCCAGCCUGGCGAGGCUGCGGUCCCCAACUGGUCAUGUCCUUUCAGGAGUUGCUCACUGAGGCACUCCUCGCCACGUUUGCUUUGGUGGGCGGAGGGGGAGGUGUUCAAACCCUUGAGGACACAGGUUUGAGGUGUGUCAUGAAUAGGACUCUUGUCUGGGUAGAGAUGGCAGCCCUAAAGUCACAGUGCGUCCUACCAACAGAGAAAUAGAUUCUAUGUUUGCUGGUCAGACAGAUAGGCUGCAAGGAGAGACCCGGGGCAAGACUUGGGCUCUGCCCUGGUGGUGUCCUUGCUUCUGUCCCCAACCCUCUUGGCAGUCACGUGCUUAUGUGUCCAGCAGAGCUGGUCUAUUUAAAGUUGGCAGCACUCCAGAGAUUUAUCUUGUCUUUGUCCUUGUCCGUGUGGCCUGUUUUCACAUGACCUUUGGUCCCAUGGAGGACCGAUGCAUCAGGAGCCUUCCCCCGAUUCCGCGACCCUGUGGCUUCUGCCCCACCCCCCGGGCUGGUCUAAGUGUCCUCCUCUGGGGCUUGGCUUUGCACAAGGCUCCAGGUCUUCGAUGUCUGCUCACUCCGUAGAUGUCUGUCUCACUGCUGCUGUUUGAGUGAUAACUCAAUGUCACAUUCCUCCUAGUUUGGGUGACCUAGUUUUGAGCUGUGGGAGGAGUGGAUUCCUGGCACAUUCCUCAUGGAGGUUAAUGGAAUGGCUUGUGGUUGUAAAACUGCCCGUGACACACCAGCCACCAGGGAGAGGGGCCGGGACACACAGGAAAGACUCCUGUUCCUAUUGGUGCGCUCAGCUCUUGCCAGCAUCCCCAGGGUUCCAAGACUGCGGUGAGCCCUGGCUCCCAUCACUUAGGAGCCUGGCCCAAACCCACUGUAAAAUGAAACAUGCUUUUGUAAACAGCUUACUCUAGAGAAGGUGAAAUCCCACCCCAGCCUUGGAGAUGUUGCAGAUUGCCCCUGAGGGCUGGCUUCAAGUGGGGUUUCAUGAUCCAGCCAACUAUUUCCUCGGCAAAAAAAAAAAAAAAAGAAAAAAAAGCAGAAAAUAAAACGAAACACCACCCCCAAGGGAUGGGCUGGGGAGUUGGCUUGGUGGUUAAUGGCUCUGUGGCUUCCAGAAGACCUGAGUUCAGUUCCCACCACUCACAGGCUGUUCACAUCCACCUGUAACUCCAGGUGAUCUAGGGUCUCCACAGGUACCACACCCAUACACAUGAAUAAAAGUACAAGUAGUUUUUUAAAAAAAACCCUAAGGGAGUCUGAACAAAGCCCUCCCCCCAGGGAGCCGUGUGGACCUAGUUGGGUUAAAUGUUUGUUUAUUUCUUUGAGACAGAGUUGCAUCAUGUAGCCCAGGCUGGCCUCCUGAGUGCUGAGAUAGCUUUCCCCAAAUCCAUCCCUUCUGGGGAGUUUAUAAAAAGCACACAACCUUGAGCCAGCCCCAGCUAGCCUUCACUGGGCUCUCUCCACCUCAUGUGUGUGAGCGUGGCAUCUUUACAGGCAUAGGCUCUUCCGUCCCAGAUGUCAGAGCCGACAUCUGCUCAGCCUGUGAAGGGAGGCUCCUGGUUGCUAUCUAACAUCUGGGAACUUCCAGAUUCAAGGAGUGCUGUGGGACUCAGGCUUCACCCAGCCUGCGGGGCAAGGUUGAGAUGGUAAGGAAAAUUGCUCCCCUCCCCGGUUUCUAGAAUGAGUAACCAAUCCCAUCUCCAGGGGAACUUGCUGUGUGGGUGUGCACUGGGGUCCUUCGUGUUCCCUGGCUGGCACUUCCACUGGGCACGGGGGCCAUGCUCAUCUUCAACAAUAGUUUGAAACUGGAAGCCCUUUUCUUCAAGGAAAAAAAAAAAAGGAAACAAAGCUCUGAGUGACAAGACCUUGAUGUCAGAGCACUUCUGACCCGUGUGUCCAUCAGCUCUCCCAAGUUUAAAGUGACCACACCCAUGCCAGCUGCAUCCCCCGACUCUGUCCUGUGAUGGUUUCCAUUUGCUUCCAAGUUGUGCCCGGUCUUUUCAGAGGAGUGUGCUGACUCUCCAUAAUCUGUAGGCUCUCUUGGCCCGCAGUUUACUGUGUGCUUUUUUCUAUGAAAAAUGAUAUAUUUUACGACUUCCUAUGUACAAAAGUUUAUUGUAAGUUUUUGUGCUUCGCAUGAAUAGGGCCACACUGGUUGUUGCUAUGGAUUCAAUAAAACUGAUUUGAUUUCUAA